AUGGUCGGCUCUUCUAUACAUUGGUUUGAAAUCUUCUUCUUCGAUUCUCCGCGCUCUCCACCACCAUCCAAAUUCCAAAACUACAUCAUUUCUUCGAACGACGUCGCCCUCCGUGCCGCUUCUGAAUCCCUCACGUCAUCUGGAUUCAACUCGACCAUCGUGACGUCAUCUCUAUCCGGAAAUGCAGCUGAAAUCGGUCGUCACUUUGGCGAUUUGAUCUCUACCAAAUCAAUCGACAAGAAUCAACUUUUAGUGGGUCAUCAAUUUGAUCUACACUACCCGAUUGCUCUUCUUUUUGGCGGGGAAACUACAGUACACCUAUCCGAGAAUCCAGGAAAAGGCGGAAGGAAUCAAGAGAUGGUUCUGGCCUGUUUGGAUGCAUUGAAAUCUCGAAAUCCUGAGUAUAAAUUCACAUUUUUGAGUGCUGGAACCGAUGGACAGGAUGGUCCAACAGAUGCGGCUGGAGCCAUCAUCUCGAAUGAAGAUCUUCAGAAUCCGAUGAUGUCAUCCACUUCUGAAUACUUGAACAACUCUGAUUCCUAUAGUUUCUGGAGUCAUUUCAAUGGGGGAGCGAGUCAUUUGAAGACGGGACCAAGUGGAACUAAUGUCAUGGAUAUUCAGAUUUUGUUGUUGGAAAAGGAGGGCGUUCUGUGA